AUGCCGGUCGAUCCUUAUAUGAAAAAUCCACGACCUCAUAGAGACUUGUGGAAAUAUAUAACACAUCGACGUGGUUGGGGGUAUCCCGAUGUGUUGGAAGUUCAGAGUUCCAUACUUCUGAAUGUUAUUCCCAUACUCAUUUUUACAACUUUAUGGACAACUUUCAUCGUUGUACUUUAUAUGAUAUUCGACGUAGAAAGUAUUGCCGUUUCAGCCAAUUUAACCGCUUCCGUCUCUGUUGUAGUGGCUCUUCUUUUAGCUUUCCGUACGAACAACUCAUAUAAUCAAUAUAAUGAAGGUAGACGUUUAUUCAAUAGUAUGUGUACUGUUAUCAGAAAUUGUACGCGCACAUUAUGGAUAGGAGUCAAAGAACGUAAUGAUCAAGAUCGUAUUGAAAAAUCAAAUUAUAUUAGAUUAUUAUUGGGAUAUGUAGUUGCUGUUAAGCAUCAUAUUCGAUUCGAAUUUGGAAUUCAUUGGCCUGAUUUGCAAGAUCUUCUUCCUGAUGGUUUUCAAAAGACCUAUUAUGACGGUAGUGCUAUGCAGCCUGAAGAAUCUUCUGAAGAUAAAUCUUUGCUCGGUGGAUUACCAAUCGCAGUUCGAUCAAUAUCAAACAAAAUUCCACCUACCGCUUUUAGAUCAGUUCUUAAGCUUUCGAAAGAGGAGAGGAAAAUAUUAUAUAAACAAGAAGAAUUACCCGAAGUAGAUGCGAGUAUGAGCUUACCUUUGGAAAUUGUUUUUCAUUUAAAUUUAUAUUUCGUACAAAUGACUACUGAACUGGUUAAUAAAGAUAAUGAAGAUGAGGGAAAACGAUUAGAUGGCGUUAAAUUUGGUGCAUUGGCAUCAUCAUUAGAUGAAUUGAUUGAUAUUUUGGGUAAUUUAGAAAGAGUUGGAAGCACACCUCUCCCAACCGCUUAUAAUGUCCAUUUGAAACAAGCCGUCGUGUUAUACAUGAUUGCUCUUCCGUUCACCAUAGUUGCUGACCUUGAUUGGUUUACUAUUCCUACUAUGGUUCUAAUAGCUUUUAUUUUCUUUGGUAUUUUGGCUGUCGGUUCUGAAAUUGAAAACCCAUUCGGAUAUGAUGAGAACGAUCUUCCAUUAGACGAAUACUGUAAGGAUUUGGAGGCAGAAGUCAAAUAUUUGCAAGAACACCUUCCAAGUGAUUUACAUCAAAGUAAACAAAUAUAUGAUUUAUAA